GGCCCGGGAGAGGCUGUGGCCAGCGGAGACUGACCUGGAGGGGCAGGGGCGGGGGCGGCGUGGAGGAGGCGGAAGCCGGCGGUCAGCUCUGCUCCAGCUCGAUUGCCAUGUCCCGCCAGGCGAAGGACGACUUCCUGCGGCACUACACAGUCUCCGAACCCCGGACCCACCCAAAGGGCUACACAGAGUACAAAGUGACGGCGCAGUUCAUCUCAAAGAGGGACCCGGAGGAUGUCAAAGAGGUGGUGGUCUGGAAGCGGUACAGUGACUUUCGAAAGCUGCAUGGAGACCUGGCCUAUACCCACCGCAACCUCUUCCGCCGCCUGGAGGAGUUCCCUGCCUUCCCCCGCGCCCAGGUGUUUGGCCGGUUUGAAGCCUCGGUGAUCGAGGAGCGGCGGAAGGGGGCCGAGGACUUGCUUCGCUUUACUGUGCACAUCCCCGCACUCAACAACAGCCCCCAACUCAAGGAGUUCUUCCGGGGUGGGGAGGUGACACGGCCCUCCGAGAUGUCCAGAGACGUGCAUAUCCUGCCACCCCCUCUGAUCCCCACACCGCCCCCUGAUGAACCCCGGGUGCAGCCUCAUGAGCCCUGGUUGCCCCAGCCGCUCCCCGCAGAGAGGAGGGGCCUCGAGGAGUUGGAGGUGCCAGUGGACCCCCUGCCAUCCAGCCCUGCCCAGGAGGCCCUGGAUCUCCUCUUUAACUGUGGGAGCAUCGAGGAGGCGUCCAGUUCCCCCGGCCGAGGCCCCCUCACCGAGGCUGAGCUUGCCCUCUUUGACCCCUUCUCCAAGGAAGCCCCGCUCCCAGGGCUGGGGAAGGGAAAGAAGGGACUGGAGGGGAAAGGCAAGAGUGGUGUCACCAUGGCUGAUGAACCGGCCACAGAAGGCGUAGGCCCCAGUCCUACCCACAUGGGUGAGCUGGCAGCAUUGGAGGCAGAAUCUGAAAGACUGGACCAGGAACCCUGGGAGCCAGGAGGGCAGGCGGAGGAAGAGGACGAGGAAGGAGGACCCACCCCUGCCUAUCUGAGCGAAGCCACAGAGCUCAUUACCCAGGCCCUACGGGAUGAGAAGGCAGGCGCCUACCCUGCAGCUUUGCAGGGCUACCGGGAUGGUGUGCACAUCCUGCUUCAGGGAGUUCCUGGUGACCCAUCACCUGCCCGCCGGGAGGGUGUGAAGAAGAAGGCGGCUGAGUACCUGAAGCGGGCAGAGGAAAUCCUGCACCUGCAUCUGUCCCAGCUCCCACCCUGAGACGGGAGAGGACCCUUUCCCAGGACUCUAGCUCCAGCACUGCCAGCCACCCUCUUCUCCUCUCCCUGGUGCCUGGCCUGAUCUCCUGGUCUUGUAACUCCAGAGGCCAUUUCUGUGUGUAACUGGACCAAGAAUGAGACAAAUAAUGAAUUCUCAGCUCCAUGACCACACCUGCCACCUUGGAAUCAGGGACUCACACGUCUGAUCCUGCCUGUCUCUAUCUUGAUAUGUGAGCAGCAGCUCUGGUCCCUAGGCUCUUUGUUUGUCCAUCUAGAACCGGGGUCUACAAACUACGCCCCGCAGCCAAAUAUGGCCCACUGCCUUUUUUUUGUAAGGCCCACAAGCUAGAAGAGUUUUUACUUUUUUUUAAUAGUUGAAAAAAUUCAAAAGAAUAAUAUUCUGUGGCAGGUGAAAAUUACAUGAAAUGUAAGUAACUAAAAAAUAAAAGUUUAUUGGAACACAA